AUGCCCUGCGGUACAGUAGCUGCAGUUCUCCUCUUUGUUCUCUCAAAGCUCCUUACACAAGUAUCGUCCACAGGUAUUGAGCAGCUCAGAAAUAAUGCCCAGGCAUCACCAACGAGUACUGGGUCUCCUGCAUCUCGUAAGAAGCAUAGUUCUCAUUCUACUGCCAAAGAACUCUCCAGAGACGAGUCACCAGGGGGUCAACAUAAAAGAGGUGUCGACUUCGUAGAGAGCAUUUCAAUCAUCCCUGAACAACACUCUGGUCCGAAGGUCCAACAAGCCGUACCAUCAAUGGAAGUAUAUAGGCAAGAAAAAAUAGAAAAUUGCCUAAGAGGUGACUUAUAUGACUUGAUCAAUCACUAUGAUAAAAUUCAUAGCAAGAAGGGGAUCGAGGAUAGACAGAAAAAUUAUAUUAAACUUCUGCGGGAGAAGCGAGAGGAAAUAAGGCGUGAACUUAAAGAAAUGCGCGAGUACAAUAUUGAAGAUGAGACCAAUAUUGUUCGGGAAACCGAUAUCAAGGAAGACAUAAGUCUUUCAAAACGGCAGAAACCUAAAGAGAGACCACCGCAAUUCAGCAGAACAGGCCUUCGACAUUUCGAAAAUAAAAAGAUACAAGAAACCUUAAACAGUGGGAGGUUAAAUGACCAUUUGGACCUUUUCUUUGGAAUUGACUGGUCCAAGCGCAUUAUCGAGUCCUACGAUAAGAAAUACGAUGAUUACCAUAUCAAUAUUGUUUCCGAGGUUGUUUUUCGGCCAGGGGCCGACGCUUGGGGACCGUGCAUAUUUGACAAGACGUGCACUUCUAUGUCUGGCGAGAAUAUGCCGACAGGAACAAGAGUUGUGCCUGUUCAAAAGCAAGGAGAGGAAAUUGAUGGAUAUAAAAGACGUAUUGCUAAUACCAAUGAAUAUGAGAGUGCAAAGCCCGCGUUGCAUAAGAAUUUAUUAAAGGUUGUCAUUGAUCACUUUAACAAACACCAUAAGGAGAAGGCAGAUAAGUCCCAAACCAAAAUGGCAGAGAUAAUUAGACAGAGAUUUGAAAGGUUGGAGCAGGAGACAAGUGACUAG